UCGGCUCCUGGCUCCGGGUUCCCUGUUCCCUGCGCAGUGCUGUUCCUCAAACGACGCGCAGCCUAGGACUGUGGGUGAGGACGCGGGAGGCAGUGUCGUCGGAUCCGCCCGCAGUCCGCAGCCCCACUGAGCCCGGAGGCCGCCGGGAUGGAGCCGCGGCUCCCGGUUGGAGCCCAGCCCCUUGCUACUAUCGAGGGUAUGGAGAUGAAGGGUACUCUGCGGGAGCCCCGCGCCCUGACGCUAGCCCAGAGGAACGGGCAAUAUGAGUUAAUAAUCCAGUUGCGCGAGAAGGAACAGCAUGUUCAAGAUAUCAUUCCUAUAAAUAGCCACUUCAGAUGUGUUCAAGAAGCAGAAGAAACUCUUUUGAUUGAUAUAGCUUCAAACAGUGGCUGCAAAAUUCGGAUUCAGGGAGAUCGGACCAGAGAGCGGCGCUUUGAAAUCCCUGAUGAGGAACACUGUCUGAAGUUCCUCUCGGAGGUCCUUGCUGCUCAGGAAGCUCAGUCACAACUUCUUGUUCCAGAGCAAAAGGACUCAUCUAGCUGGUACCAGAAGUUAGACACUAAGGACAAACCUUCUGUUUUUUCAGGGCUUCUUGGAUUUGAGGAUAAUUUUUCAUCUAUGAAUUUGGACAAGAAAAUUAAUUCACAAAAUCAUCCUACAGGGAUUCAUCGGGAACCCCCUCCACCACCCCCUUCAGUGAAUAGAAUGCUUCCACGUGACAAAGAAGCUUCUAACAAGGAACAGCCCAAAGUGACCAACACUAUGCGGAAGCUCUUUGUACCAAAUACCCAGGCUGGACAGCGGGAGGGCCUCAUCAAACAUAUCCUGGCAAAGCGAGAGAAAGAAUAUGUCAACAUUCAGAAUUUCAGAUUUUUUGUUGGAACGUGGAACGUGAAUGGCCAGUCUCCAGAUAGUGAAUUGGAACCUUGGCUGAACUGUGAUUCAAAUCCUCCUGAUAUCUACUGUAUUGGAUUCCAAGAGCUGGACUUGAGCACAGAAGCCUUUUUCUACUUUGAAUCUGUGAAAGAACAAGAGUGGUCCAUGGCUGUGGAGAGAGGUUUGCAUUCCAAAGCCAAGUAUAAAAAAGUUCAACUAGUCCGCCUUGUUGGGAUGAUGCUCCUCAUAUUUGCCAGAAAGGACCAGUGGCGAUAUAUCCGUGAUGUUGCUACAGAAACAGUUGGAACCGGAAUCAUGGGGAAAAUGGGAAACAAAGGUGGGGUAGCUGUGAGAUUUGUAUUUCACAACACUACCUUUUGCAUUGUCAACUCCCACCUGGCUGCCCACGUGGAGGACUUUGAGAGAAGGAAUCAAGAUUAUAAGGACAUCUGUGCACGUAUGAGUUUUGUGGUCCCAAAUCAGACCCUUCCACAGCUGAACAUCAUGAAACAUGAUGUUGUCAUCUGGUUGGGAGAUUUGAACUAUAGACUUUGUAUGCCUGAUGCCAAUGAAGUGAAGAGUCUUAUUAACAAGAAUGACCUUCAGAGACUCUUGAAAUUUGACCAGCUAAAUAUUCAGCGCACACAGAAAAAAGCUUUUGCUGACUUCACCGAAGGUGAAAUCAAAUUUAUCCCCACUUAUAAGUAUGACUCUAAAACAGACCGAUGGGAUUCCAGUGGGAAAUGUCGGGUUCCAGCCUGGUGUGACCGGAUUCUUUGGAGAGGAACAAAUGUUAAUCAGCUUCAUUACCGGAGUCAUAUGGAACUAAAAACCAGUGACCACAAGCCUGUUAGCGCCCUCUUCCAUAUUGGGGUGAAGGUUGUGGAUGAACGGAGGUAUCGGAAAGUGUUUGAAGAUAUUGUACGGAUUAUGGACAGGAUGGAAAAUGACUUCCUUCCUUCCUUAGAACUCAGCAGGAGGGAGUUUGUGUUUGAGAAUGUGAAGUUUCGGCAACUACAAAAGGAGAAGUUCCAGAUCAGCAACAAUGGCCAGGUUCCCUGCCAUUUUUCUUUCAUCCCUAAACUUAAUGACAGCCAGUACUGCAAGCCAUGGCUUCGGGCUGAACCUUUUGAGGGCUACUUGGAGCCAAAUGAGACAGUGGACAUUUCCCUUGAUGUGUAUGUCAGCAAAGACUCUGUGACCAUCCUGAAUUCAGGGGAAGAUAAGAUUGAAGAUAUUCUAGUCCUUCACCUGGAUCGAGGCAAAGAUUACUUCUUGACCAUUAGUGGAAAUUACCUCCCAAGUUGUUUUGGUACAUCCUUAGAGGCUUUGUGCCGAAUGAAAAGACCAAUCCGAGAAGUUCCCGUCACCAAACUCAUAGACUUGGAAGAAGACAGCUUCCUAGAAAAGGAGAAAUCCCUUCUGCAGAUGGUUCCCUUGGAUGAAGGUGCCAGCGAGAGACCCCUUCAGGUCCCCAAGGAGAUCUGGCUUCUGGUAGAUCACUUAUUCAAAUAUGCCUGUCACCAGGAGGACCUGUUCCAAACCCCUGGAAUGCAGGAGGAGUUACAGCAGAUCAUUGAUUGUCUGGAUACUAGCAUUCCCGAGACAAUCCCUGGCAGUAAUCACUCUGUGGCUGAAGCCCUGCUCAUUUUCCUGGAAGCCCUGCCAGAGCCUGUCAUCUGUUAUGAGCUUUAUCAGCGAUGCCUUGACUCUGCUCAGGAUCCCCAGAACUGCCGACAGGUGAUUUCCCAGCUUCCAAGAUGCCAUAGAAAUGUUUUCCAUUACUUGAUGGCAUUCCUUCGAGAACUCUUAAAAUUCUCUAAAUACAACAACGUCAGCGAAAACAUGAUAGCCACUCUCUUCACUAGUCUUCUCCUGAGGCCUCCACCCAACCUUAUGGCAAGACAGACUCCAAGUGACCGUCAACGUGCUAUCCAGUUCCUUCUGGUAUUUCUUGAAAGCGAUGAAGACUAAUAAGCCUUUUCCUCUUAGUACUCUCUGAGAUUCUAGAGGUGGAAGAUCUUGGGCACCAAGUAUUUCAGAAUGAUUUGAAAAGUCAUGCCACAGGAAGGGUCUGUUGCAGAAUUUUGAGCCUGUUGGCAUGAAAAGGUUGUUUCUAGUGCAAGAGG